AUGAGUGCUGUUUCCUACAUCGCUACUCCUAUUCUGCAGCGUCCGCGUAAUUUCGAAUGGUUUUGGAGAUCAGAUGACGAUUCCCGGUCUGCAGCUAACAGCGAACAAUGGAAGAAGUUUAGCGACGUUGAAAAUGAAAUUCUUGAGGAUGGAUGGAACGAAAAGCGCAAAGAAGUAGAAAUUGACGGGAAUUAUAUCAUUAACUUUUCCGAUCAGGUACAAUAUCACAAAGAUAAUGACCGAAAACAACAAGCAGUUAAGCGAAUCCAGCUAGACAAAGAUCGAGGCAGUGCUGAUCCUAUUAUGCGUGAAGAACGGUUUUUAGCACCAAUCGCGCUUGCAAACAGCUCAUUAGUAAUCAGUCCACAAAUACAAAGAAAUAAUGAUGAUAGUGAACCUGAGUGGUGGGGCCUCGUCAAACUUGGUCACAUUGCACAUGCUUAUCGUUUAUCUGAACUAAAGGGAAACAAAAAAUCAAUUGCCAAUGUCAUUGAAGAUGCAGCUGAUGGUAUAGUGAAAGAGGGAACUGUACUAGGCAAAGCUUUUGAGGCAAAAUGGUUAUCUGAACAACUUUUAGCAGUGAAAAAUUUUGGUGUGGACUGUACGGCAAAAGAAGAGGAUUGGCAGACUGACUAUCCUACACAAAUUGGUGAAACCUGUAUUAAUCUCUAUACAAAAGAGUCGUUUUUGUACAAACUAAUGAACUCUACUCUUCGAAACGCAAGCACUAUCACUCGUGAGAGAUUCAAAACAUUAGGUCCGUUCAUUUGGCUGCUCGAUGAAUAUUUGGGCCGUAUUAAGACAAUUGAGACAUUGACACUUUACCGAGGUCUCAAUCUCGAUGAGGAACAACGAAAGCAAUUUAUGCAACAAUUUGUAAUAUUCAACUCGUUUACUUCAACCAGCAAGAGUAGGCAAGUUGCCGAGUUCUUCCAUGGCAACACUCUUCUGAUAUUAAACAUUGAUGGGCAGAAUGAAAAACUGAUUGGCUGGCAUGCAGAAAAGUUUGGUGCGAGUAUUUCUCAUUGCUCAGCUAUUCCCAGUGAAGAAGAAUAUCUCCUGAUGCCUACAGGAAACUUUCGUUUUGUAAAAGCUGAAUAUGAUGAUACAAACAAGACACACCUCAUUUAUCUGACAACGCCAGCUUUUAUUUACGUGAGAUGA